ACCUCGGCGAAGGAUGCAGCUCUUACUUUUAACCUGGUGUUUACUAUUUCCAUGCCUCGGGAGUUCGACCGCGGCGAACAAAAGGCAUCUACCGAGGAUGAUAUUCACAGAAAAAGAGACUGCAGUCAAAAGGUUACCUUCACCCGGACACCACACCCCUUUACAGAUCCUCCUGAAUGGACAGCCGGACACCGUCACAGCUGCUGGACAAACACACCUGUAUUCAUACAACUUUCAGGACCAUCGGAAGACUCCUGUAGAACGGAAGGUGUUGUGGAAGGAAUGCAUUGACAGCACUCCACGAAAGGAUUGCAGCUAUAACAUAACUGUGUUCCACAAGAGGGAAGAGGCCAACCAGGCAUUUGUGUGUGGAACCAAUGGCAGGGAAACACUGUGCUGUGAUGUGAAUUUAUCAGAGCUGUCACCCAAGUGCAUGCCCUCUGCAAAAAUGGGGCACAUAAAAAGAAGCAUAGGGACAUUUAUCAUAAAGAAAGGCGAACCGUCUGCUCUUGUGGAAUCAGCGGAAAGUGCAGACCUCUACAUUACAUACUCUGGAUCUCAAGCCAAUAUUGGUAUCUACAGGUUUGGGAAAGACAGAGUUAGACCAGUACACCAUAAUAAAGAGCAGCACUAUGUGGGUUUGAUGCUCAGCAGACGACCAAAUUCCUUAGAGGACAAAGUUUAUGCCUUCUAUAAGGAGAAAAACAGAGACACAAGCUUGCAAAGUGACACGUGGCUCCCUUUUGUGACCCAGGUUUGCAUGGCAGAUGUUGGUGGUCCCAAGAACAACCUGCAGUUUAGCUGGACGUCCCAGAUGAAUGCCAGGCUCUUCUGCGGAGACCCUGACAAUGGACAGUAUUUCUCUGAACUGGUAGAUGUGGCCACUGUGCAUGCAGACCAGUGGCAGGAUGCCAGGGUUUAUGCACUCUUCAGAAAUGAAUGGGGCAUGAGUGCCGUGUGUGUCUACACCAUUGAAGAUAUUGACCACAUCUUCUCAACCUCCCCGUUUAAAGGCUCCAGCACAGCCAAUCACAAGAAGAGGUCUAGGAUGUGUGUUAGUGACAGCACAAAGAUUCCUCCAGAGACCCUGAGGAUGAUUGAGAAGACCUCGGAGAUGGAGCAGUGGGUCCAGCCCGUGAACAAGUCAGGCCCACUUCUUUUUAAUCACCACAACUACACCCACAUCUACGUUCACACUUCCCAGGACAAGAGGAACCAUCCCUUCACAGUUCUGUUCCUGUCAACAAAAAAUGGAGGGCUUCAUAAAGUGAUACAGACUAAAAGUCAGAUCUUUGUCAUCGCUGAGUACCAACCCAUCUUCCACCAAGCCCAUAUCUUCAGCAUCAUCCUUCACCCUUCCUCUAGGAAACUGUAUGUGGAAUCCAGAAGUGAACUGAUCCAACUGGACGUGGCAAACUGUGCCAAGUACGGAGACAGCUGUGAGGAAUGUGUCUUAGCCAGAGAUCCUUACUGCGGCUGGAACGGCACCCACUGUACCGCUGAGACACAUGGCACACUACAGGAUGUGGUUACGGGGAACCAUACCAUCUGCUCCGUUCAUCCAGAAAAAGCUUUUAGAUAUUCCCAUGAUACACUUGCAGACGAGAACGUGGACCGCAUCACACUUCCCUCUCGGUCCAGGUAUUUCCUUCAGUGUCCGGUGUCGUCCCAUCACGCCCAGUAUACCUGGCGUCACCUUGAAAGCUCCAUACCCUGCAGGUCAAAGGAUCAGGAGUGCCUCCUUCUGAUUGACAGCAUUGGUCCUGAGCAGGUGGGAGAUUACAGAUGUGUGUCAGAGGAGUUGGGCUACAGCAAAGUCCUGGCACAGUACCAACUACAGCUGGAGAGCAGGGCGGCGGGCCGAUUAUCGAGCUCGCUGGUCUGGGUUUGUCUGAUGGCCGCUCUGAUUAAGAGUUUGUCUUGUUAGUCCUGAUUCCAGUGAAAGGCUAAAAACAUUAAUAAGGAAUUGUCAUUUUCAAGUGCAGUGGCAACUGUUAAUGAAUUUCAAAUCCCUCUCAUUUUUAUUAUACAUACAUAAUUAGCCCCAGCCUUCAAAUGCAUCAUUUUAAACAAUUAAAAAGUUUUGUUUUCCUCUUUUGGCAUCUCCGAAUCUUUUGACACUUCACUGCACUUGGUGUUUGUGUCUUAUGCCUUUAAAUGCACAUAAACGAGAGAAUGUGCGCUUAACCAAUAAUGAUGCAAUAUGUUCUUAGCAUAAUUCAAGUUAAACUUUGUUUCAUACACAUUUAGCAAGAAGAAACCAGAUGUAUAGUUGCAAUUUGGGAUACUGCUUAAAAAUCUCAACUGUGUUAAAAGCUGUUAAAUGACCUUCUGAAAGCUUUCCAGGGAUUAUUUUUCAGAAAACCAGAUUCUUGGCGGGAAUGUUAUAAUGCAUGAGACUACAUGAGAGGUACAAACAGGGUAAGAGUGCAGCAUGCAGGAAAUCCAUCUCGGGUGACCUGAAAUAUACUGAAACCAGAUUCAUGCAGGUCGAACAGAAAACCACUCAAGUCUUGCAAUACCUUAGUUACAUGAUGCACAUUUCAUUUCAGUUCUCAUGGGAAACUACUAAAUGUUUUGCAUCCAUUUCCUUUAAAUGUGAAAUUCUGUCAGAAUGGACACUUUCCUAACUGCAGUUUCCUCCUUUGUAUACUACCUCAGACUCACUUGAGAGGCGUAAAACAGACUGAGCUCCUUUCUGUUUGUCGAGACUCCUGUUGAUCAAGUUAAAGGCAACAUGUUGACAUUAUUAAAUAAUCCAGACGUCCUCAACGUGCAAAGUUGACAAAUCCUUUUUUCAGCUGUGCCUGUGAGGAAGUGUGAAUCUUAGUAGAGACAAUGCAGUUGGUCCAGCAGCAGCAACAUGUAAUACUGCUUAACGUUUGAGCUCAUGACGCAACAGUGUUGUUCAAUACAAAAUACAUUUUAGGUGUACUUUCUAACUUUGCUGCUUUCAGUGGUCUUACAAGCAGAAUGUUAAAUAUUAUUUAAUGUGUGUUUGUAUAUAAUAUAAAAAAUAUAUAAAUAUAAAAGUUGUUUACAUGUUACAUCUUGGUUUUGAUAUUAUUUGUAAAUUAUGUGACUAACUAACAUCACAUCUUGAUGA